ACCGGAUGUGUUACGACGAAAACGGCAACAACAUCCGCUUCCUGGUAUUUGGCUACUUUGUACCCGAAAUUCGCUUACUAGCUGGUACUUCUUCUUAAAGCAAUGAAAUAUACUAUAUACGGCGGCUUCUUUGCUAUUUUUAGAUAAAAAAUAAAGUCACAGUUUAAUUUAAAAAAGAAGAAGAAAAAGAGAGACCUGAAACUGUUACAGUUGUUCCCUCAAGUCAAUGCCGUGAGGCCUUUGAGGGUGGCUCAGAAAUGUGAGACUCCAGCGCCACGCUUCAGUGCAUUGAUUUGUUAUUAUGAAACUAUAAUUAACUAACAACCGCAACAGGUGCUUGUUGUUUUUCUUAAAGUAAAUAAACAAACCAAACUGAUGUUUUACUGUUGUUUGCUCUUUCAUGCAAUCGCUAUUGUUACCUUUAUUUAACUGAUUUGCCCAUCGGUUUUGUAGGUUGUAUGUUAGAGUAAACCGGAAACUGCAUCACCUAGUAAGAACAAAAAUGACAAAAUAACCGUAAAACCUAUGAUUUUGCAUUUUAAAAAUGAAAUAUUUGCACAAAGGGGGCCUUGUGUUUUUUUAAUCGUUCAUCUCAUGACUACGACUCCCAUGAGUCUUUGCGUUGUCGCCUGACUCCUUGGUCGUUUCACAUGACUGGCAUGUCAACAAAUGAAGAAAAGUGUUGAACUGGCAAAAUUUCAGGGUAUAAAUAAAGAUUUUGGGGGAGCUUUCAGGACGCAGAGGACUUCUGGUCUUGAAGAGGUCAUUAAGUCAACCAUGGCCCCUACAAACGACAGAAAGCUGACCGGACUUGUCGCUGCCACAUUUACUCCGCUUACCACAAAAGGUGAAAUCAACUUAUCAGUGAUUGGUCCAUAUGUCGAAUACCUCAUAGAAAAACAAGGUGUAAAGUCCAUAUUUGUGAACGGCACCACCGGAGAGAGCCCGUCUCUCUCUGUGGCAGAGAGGAAGGCUCUGGCGGAGGAAUGGUGCGGGAAAGCCAGGGGCAGAAUGGAUCAGGUUGUCGUGCAUGUUGGUGCCAUGAGUCUGAGAGACUCACAGGAUCUGGCGCGUCACGCUGCUCAGAUUGGAGCUGACGGAAUUGCCGUCAUUGCCCCCUUUUUUUUCAAGCCCAAAACUGCAGAUGCCUUGAGGAAAUUCCUGCAGGAAGUGGCUUCAGCCGCUUCAGCUCUGCCAUUCUACUAUUACCAGAUCCCAGCGAUCACCGGCAUCAACAUGCCUGUGAUGGAAGUGGUGGAAGGAAUCGAGCAGCUCAUUCCCUCCUUCAGGGGAGUAAAGUUCAGUGGGAUGGACCUGAUGGACCUGGGUCAGUGCGUCAUGCACAGCCAGCCUCAGUGGUCGAUCCUGUAUGGCGUGGAUGAGCAACUGUUGGCCGCUUUGGCCAUGGGAGCCAAUGGAGCGGUCGGCAGCACAUUCAACUAUUUAGGGAGUCACGUGAACAAGCUACUGUCAGCAUUUGAGAGGGGGGACCUUAUCCAAGCCAGGGCCAUACAGUUCCAGAUGCAGGAGCUGCUGAGCUUUGCUAUGAAACUUGGCUUUGACGUUGGCGUGAACAAACAGCUGAUGAUGGAGGUGUCCGGCUUGCAUCUUGGUCCCCCUCGCCUCCCGUUGAUGCCGUGUCCUCUGGAGCGCUCGGAGAAGAUUCUCCAGAAAUAUCGCAGUAUUUUUCCUUAAAUCCACCUUUUAAUGAUAUAAUUGUUUUACACUGAACUUAGCAGAAAACGUUAUCGUGGAUCCACAGUUGCUCUGACUUUGGAGGCAAAAUGUCAGGAGUUUCAGACAGAAACGUUGAAUUAAUGUCAUAUUUUAAAAGUCUGAACUGCUCCUUGAAUUAAGGGAAGAAUGGGUUUUCUUUUGGGGACAUUUUUUAACUUUUAUGUGUCAAGAUGCUUUUUACAGCGUUGGAUUUUAAAAAUGUUUCUAUUUCACUGGGAAAGAAAGUGUUUGUGUCUGUAAACGUGCUGCCUCAGACGGUGGUACGCUGGUGCUCAGCAGUUUGAUCCUUUUUUAAGGAGUUUAUGAGAACAUCCGUGUCAAUAGAUUCACCAUAUAUCUUGGACAAGAUAGAUCAUCGGCAUUAAUGAGACUUUACCCUUAAUCCACACGCCUGGGAGUGUCACUCUCUCUGGAUUUUCGUGUUACACUUUUUGAACCACUUUAAAAAACUCUGCUUGACUUUGCCUCUCUAAAAAUCUGUCAUGAAUGUCGACUUUAACACCACACACACUCAGACUUGAACUGCAAAAUGACAAAGGCAUUACAAUAGAAACCGAAAGGUUUUUUCUUUUUUUAGUAUUCUCUUGUUUUUCUGAAAGGCAGCAAAGGGAAAUUCAAUGUGUAACAAAGAGUCUUUGUAUUGUUGUUGAUCUUUCAUUAAUUGUUUCAAUUAAAAUGAAUCAUAAAAUCA